UCCGCAUCUCCGCCAGUGUUUUUGAAAAAGCGGCGGUCACAGCUUCACCGGCUUUCGAUGAACUAAUAGCGACUAUUUGUUUUUAUCGCACCUCUACAGCACAGCAACAAAACGGUCGUGGUGUUUUGGUGUGAAGUCGUGAGCUCCUUUACUGCACCAGGGUAAUGCAGCCGCAGCAGUACUCCAAGGAACGAGGGCUUCUAGGAAAGCUCAGUCCUGGGGAGAAGAAGCUGGAGGGGAUGACCUUCUACCUGGACAAUGUGAAGAAACGCCCUACAGCCCUGCUUUUGGAGGCCAUAUCUCUUCUAGGAGGGAGGGUUGAGAGUUUCCUGCACAAGGAUGUAAGCUUUGUUGUGACUGGAAGCCAGGAGGGCCUGAAGGAGGAAAAGUGUGUGGUUACCAAAGGAGGAGCAAAGGGGACCAGUGAAGAAACCAAACAUCUGAUUAAGCAGAAGGAGAGUAGCCUCAGCAUUGACAAACCACAACCAGGAACUCCUCGACCAAUGGCUUGUGGCAGCCGAGGCAAGGCUCUGCUUGAAAAAGCUAUUCGCAACAAUGAGCGACUGCAUGGCAACAGUGUUUUGUCCAACGCUCGAUCAUGGGGAGUGAAGAUCUUAUUCGUGGAUGAUGUCCUCUUUUAUCUGAAACAGUUGUCUCGAGGGAGCUUUAGCGCUAAACAUAAGAGACCAGAGACUAACAGUAAGCAAGGUUUGCCUGCUGUCAAAGCUGCAGCUCUGAGAUCUCCAUAUCUUAAAAUUGAAGACUUGAGCAGAAAAUACAAGCCUUUGCAUAUGCAGUGUAUGACGUUCCCCUCUCUGUGCUACUUGGGCCGAUUCAGUCCCUUUGAAUCUCCUCCUCCUCCUCGGUUUGAAAAACGGGCAGAGCAAGAAGAAAGUAAACCAAGAGAAAAGAAAGUUGAAGGCAGUACUCAGGACAAAUCCCAAACCCCGCUCAGUGGUAACCCUUCACCUUGGCGGCCGCGCAAAAAGGAUAUGUCUUACUGCGAAUGCUGUCAUCAACCCUUCACUAAUCUGGAGGAGCACUUGCAGUCUGACCAGCACCGCACCUUUGUGCUGGAUCCCUCGAACUACAGCAUGGUGGAUCAACUGAUGACUGAAAUGUUUCCGGGAUUCGACCCCAAACCUUCUCUGGAAUCAGAAGAAACACUGAACAGACCACCAACUCCUUUGCCUGUCCAUGAUGUCCUCGAACUGGAGCCUCUUACUGAUGCUGAGACGGAGCAUGCUGUUCAGGCCCUGCAGAGACAAGAAUCAUCAUUCAAUACUCACGUUUCCAGCCCUACUAGAGGUCUUCUUUCCUUUGGCCCUGCCAGUCCAUCAUCAGGAGUUCAGCUUACCAUCCCAAAUCCAGCCACUCUACCUGCCGACAUUCAGUCUUUCAAUCCUGAGACAGACUGCCAGUUCCCUGAUAUCCAACUAUCAAGCCCAGCCAUGCCUGUACUGAAUAUUGAACCACAAACCCAGGACUCGCUCAACUUACAGCCGGAAGCUCAGCAUCUCUCCCCCUGCCACAGUGCUUCUUGUCGCCUCCCUGACCCAUACUCCCUGCCUCCGGUCCUCAGCCCACAAGUUCCCUAUUCCUCCUACGUUAUGGAUAUAGAAAAUCCUUAUUCAGAGCCCCCUGUCCUCAGUCCUCAACAGUACACCACAGAGGAGACUGUGGAAGGACAGACUUGUGAAAUGAACACUGCAGAAUGUGUGUCCAAAUUUGUCUCAGCUGUCAUGGAUCCUCUCUCCAGCCCACUUCUCAUCUCUGUGCCUGUGACCAAUGCAGAGGGAGUGAAGGAAUCAAACCAAGAAGGUCUUGUUGAUUUCAGUGGACUCACAUGUUGUAAAACGGGUUUGAAACGCGCCACGUUGUCGUCAUGUAGAUCUCAUUCCUUCCCUCGAUGGUCAUCUGUGGCACCAAACCCCAAAAAGCGCUGUCGAUCUGCCAGCCCUGAACACAGCUGCAGAAAAAGGAGGAGGACAGAAACAUUUGGGUGUGGUAGUGGCUGUACUGGACACAGGCUUAAAUCUGCAAAACCACAAAGUGACAAUAUGGCAACGACCAAAGACUAUUUAUUAUUUGACAAGGCCUCUUAUCAGACAAUACAAUCUUGUCCUAAUUUAAAUGUCUCUUCGACAUUAAACACAUGCACUGUGGAUUUGCUUGGUUUAAAACAGACUCUCACCACCUUUUGUUUUCCUACUGUACAGAGAUUCACUCAGGCACCAAAUCAAAUUGACUCCAUUGCCGAUCAGUCGUCAUGCCUGCUGUCCUCAAAAGCAAAGGUGUUUGAUCCUCCACAGGACUUCCCCAGUGAUAAAUCUCACCUUGCGUUUUCCAGUCAAGACUCACAGUGCUCACUAUCCCACUCUACGUCGGUCUGUAUCGAGUCAGCCCUCAUCCCAGACCUGGCCACGCUGUGUCCGUCAUCAUCAGACUCUGACUGGGACUGUGACCUGCUGUCACGGUUGGGUCCAACCUCAGCUACGCCCCUGACGCCUUCUGAGCAGAACACUGAGCUCGAUAAAGAACUGCUCCACAAGCCGUGUCCCUGGAUGCACGACACAAGCUACGAGUCACAUCUGCACACUGUCCUUCAGCCAUCAACCCCAGCUGCCUCACUGUGCGGGGAAGAAAGGGAACCUUCAACAUUUUCCAGAACUGUUGUACAGAUUGUUGAGGUUCAGCACUGAUAAUUAUUUUCCUGACUUUUUUUAAGAACUGGAAGAACCUCUGCAUGAAAGACGCACUUGGAGUAGCAAGUCCUUGACUUUGCAGCUACGUAUUCUACUGCAAGAAACACUGAGCAGCACUUAAGCCCAUCAAGUCAGCUGUACACUGAAAACAUAUUUAAAACUUUGAAGUGACAGAUGCAUAUUUUAACUUUUGCUUUAUUGGACUGGAUGCUAAUUUGUGGAUACUGCAUUUUCCCAUGAAUUUAAAAUGUGUCCACGAUCAUUUUACCUCUCAACCUCUAAUUCUCCUGCACAGAACUCUAAGAAAUAUUCUGUACGUCGUGCUGACUGCAGUCAUUCAGCAGCUAUGUCCGGGAACACAGGGUGGUACUGAGAAUUUAAUGAGGCUUUCUGAAAGGGGGCAUUACUCAAUUACUGUAAGUGCUGCGCCUGGAUCAGAUCUCACAUGUGCCGAUGUUGAUGGUCAAACAGGCGAGGCAUUUGCAGAGUGGACGACUGACAACCUGUGAGACGCUCUGUCUGAUUAAUGUCAUGUAGCUUUUCCUGCCUUUUGAAGGUGGGCCAAAGGACUGGCUUUGUCAAGGUGAUGUGAGCGCUUCACAGCAGUGUGCUGCAACUCCAGGGAGGUUUAUUAUCUUGACAGUCUGAGGUCACCUACCAUUAAAGACUGCUUAUUGCUCAGCUCGUAAACACACCUAAACAUGUACAUUUAAAAUAUGCACUCAACAAAGUGGAUUGCCACAUGAUGUCACUGUGUGGAAGAGUAGCAAUUCUUUAAGGAAAAUGUGAAGUUGUACAGUGUUUAAAUAAAUGUUUUUAGCCUUAA